AUGUGUGUGUCUGAUACUGGUGAUGCUUAUUUUACUGAUUUUAAUAACAAUUCCAUCAGCUGUCUGUCACCAUCAGGAUCUGUCUCUACAGUCAUCAGUACAGAUCCACUGGCACCAGCAGGAAUCUGUCAGUCAGUGGAUGGUGGAUUACUGAUCACAUUGAUAGAUGAUGAAUCAGAUCGUUACAAAUUAGAGUCACACAGCAGACGUCUAGUGAGACACAUCACAGUGACAGGUGAUGUCAUCCAUGAGUAUAAGUACCAGGAGGACGGUCAAAGCAGACUGUUUACAUUUCCACGAAGCGUCACACAGAACAGCAACAGUGAUAUCUGUGUUGUGAACCGUACAAAUCCCACUGCAGGUGAACUAGUGAUUAUGUCUACUUCUGGUCGUAUGAAGUCUGUCUACCGUGGACGAAACCUGACAGAGGACUUUUGGCCAGGUAAUGCAGUGUGUGACUCCCUCUGUAACAUCCUUGUUACUGACAUCAACAAUAUACAGAUCCAUCUACUGAGUCCUGAUGGUGAAUUUUUGAAGUUCUUACUGACAGAAAAUAAAGUGUACCAUCCAACCAGAUUAUCACUCUACAAGUCUACACUGUGGGUGGGAUAUAAGGAAGGACUUGUCAAAGUGUUUCAGUACACAAUGUAA